AUGGAUUAUUCAGAAAAAGAACUUGUAGAACUCAGGGAGUUAUGUGGUGCCCGUGGGAUUUCAACUAUUGGUGCAAAAUCUAUACUGGUAGACAGAUUAUUACGAUCGGAUCAUGAGAAUAUAAAGAAAGAGAAUAUGGAGGUAGACACAGUUAUCGCUCCUACUAUACAGCCAUCGGUUUUUUUACAAGCAUCAUCAGAAGCUGGAACUUCUCAAGGAUCUAAAUUUGAAAAUAUGGAAUCAAUUCCACAAGAAUCUUUUUCUCCAUUAGAACUGUCACAGAUGUCUGCAUAUCUGGAUAAUUCUAAUGUAGUAGUCAAAAAUGAAUCAAUUAGAGACUUCGUUGAACAGCAGGAAUCUGAUCUUCCUGUAACCUCGUCUACACCGGUUACGUCACCGAUACUUCAAUAUGAUACCACAUCUACUGCUACAGAUACUGUAUCUAAUGUGGUACCAUUUGAAACUUUAUAUAAUCCAUCUUUUUCAUAUGAGAAUCCUCCAUAUAUCGGAGAUACUUCAUGUGAAAUUGAUCAUGAGCUUUUGGCUCGCUUAAUGUCGGAAAGAAAACAAUAUGAUCGAAAUAUGAGUCUGAACGGAUCUAGAUUUUACAACAAAAGAAUAAUGAGUCAAAAUCGUCCUAAUAAUGGUAUACACUAUAACUUUGAUUUAUUAGUGGAGAUUGUGCAACAUUCUGUGGUAUACAAUGAUGGUGAAGUGCCCUAUUGGCUACGAGAUUCGUAUGAUGCAACUUAUGGUACAUCUUAUCGGGGUGAGUCUGAUAUUGUAGUCAAUCUGGGCAUUGAAAUUGAUCAAAUAUUCUUGUUUGAUAUUUAA